UUUAUUUGGCUUUAAAUUUUAUUAAGAUUUCGCGAUCUUCCAUUAUAAUUACUCAAAUCGUUUAAUACAUAUUAAUACGUUUGCCUCAUUAAGUAGAUAAUCACUAUAGAACAGCGUUUUCCUUAAAACCAUAGCAUAAAAUGACAUCAGAUAAUUUUAUUACUUUAGAUAAGGCUAUUUCUUAGAAAGUUGCAGAUGCACGAAGAGGAAAAAGAUGAAGAUAAUGUUCUUUUGAUUUAUAUACUAGACUUCUAUCGAAAUUGUAAAUAGCAAUUGAAUUUCUAUCUUACAUAAGUUAUAUCCCAAAUAACACACUUCAUUAUAUUCUACAGGUAUCAUGGUUCAUAUAAAUCUUAAUAGUUGUUUAUUAAUUAGUAGGUGUUUCUUUUACAGUUACAUAGUGUAAGAUAGAGAUAGAGGUAUACGCAUUGGAUUGCAGUGAUAGUGGGAAAACCCGUCAGUACACGGCAGAACACGUUGCUUAUCGCACUCUGUUAAGUUUUCUUUAUUUCUCGAAUUUUCGUAAAACAUAGUUAAAGCAAAGUUAUCUAGCAACAAACUUUAACUGAAAACAAUGCGUAGUUAAAAAUUAUAAUGAUUAUAAAGUGUUGUGUGUCACCAAAAGUACAAAAAGAUUAAUAAUGUACAUAUAUUCAUAUCCUAAAAUAAAAAUUUGAAACAAUGGUUGUACCGAGAGAUGACAACAUGUCUUCGUUUUCUUACUCGUUUUCGGGAAAACCUCGAAGUUGUUUACCAAAAAAGGUUCCGCCUUUAAACUCACUUCAUAAUAAUAAUAUGAAGCAAGAUGAAGUGCCUCAAGGUAUGGACGUACCGAAGAAGGAUUGUUACACUUAUCGAAGCUUAACUACGAAUUAUUCUUCUAGUCCCUCGAACGAUCAGCCUCAUUCAACUUUCAACACCAUCACAAACCAGCGACUGCAAUCACAACGAGCCAGUUCAUUGAAGUCACAUUUAUCGGAAUUAAAGAGUUCAAUAUCAGAAAUGAAAAACCUAAGCAACACUAACAGUCUGGAAUUUGGGCAAAGAUUUAAAAAAUCCAUGGAAGAUAUCUUAGAAAGGGAUAAAAUAAAUGAAAAGCCAUCUAUUAGGAAUGAUUAUAAUAAUUUAAAAGUAAACAGGCCAGAUAAUAUAAGCGAAACAUAUAGUAAACUAUCUCAAAAAUACUUGAACGGCAGAGAGAACGAUUUAAAGUAUAGUGCAGCUCGAACCACAUCCGCUAGCUCCACAAGCCUUGUAACUGAUGGGUUUAGCGCUUCGAAAUCGGCAGCGAAUAGUUCUCGGUCCAGACAAAUGCAACACGGGGACGUUCUGUACUCAGACCAAAGUGCUGUCGGUGCAACGAAACGACUUCUACAGGCUGAAAGCCUCACUGCUGAACAAAACUCUGCCUAUCAACAAGAAAGGCGAACGCUUCAGACCGCUGAAAUGAACACCCAACAAGUGAACAAUGUGUCAACAAGCACUUCUCGGCUGCACACCGAUGCAUUCAGCGCGGAAAGAUCAGGCACGGCUACUUCACAAGCCAGACAAACAGUCAGUUCCAGUGGUGUAUACAGCCACAAGGAACAUGCGAGCGUAGCACAUUCCAAUAUGUCUUUAUCGAGUAAAAACAUUUCAACAUCAUCAGUGGCGUCCUCACAGCUAGAUGACAUUUUGAACACAACCAACAAACCGAACAGCUGUGAUCUACUGACUUUAAACUUUGACGAUCUCGAAGAACUAAACUGCAAAUCAAGCCAGAAAGAUAUUGAGAUAGCAAUUGGAAAAUAUAAAAAAAGAAUGUCUGCAUUUAUAUCUGCGAUCAAAAACGAAGACAUGGACACUAAUACAGCAUCGUUGCACUUUAACAAAAUAAAUGAGAUGCUUAGGAGGGCGUGGGCAGUACCAACACACGGACACGAACUAGGAAAUUCAUUAUGCAAUAUAUUGCGUACUUCUGGCGGCCUUGAUGUUCUAAUGGAAAAUUGUAUGGAAUCUAAAAAUCCAGAGCGGCAAUUCGCCUCAGCUAAAAUUCUCGAGCAAUGCCUAACCACCGAAAACAGAGAUUAUGUAGUGAAAAAUGGCUUAGGAAAGGUGGUAAAUGCAGUAGUAUGUGUGUGUACGAAAAAUGCGAACUUAGUUGACUACUCAAGAGUAGGCACUGGAAUUUUACAACAUUUAUUUAAACACAGCGAAGCAACGUGCAGUGACGUCAUUAAAUUAGGAGGAUUGGAUGCAGUCUUAUUUGAAUGUAGGAAAAAUGACAUCGAGACGUUAAGGCACUGCGCAACAGCCUUAGCGAACCUUUCGCUGUAUGGUGGUGCUGAAAAUCAAGAAGCUAUGAUCAAGAGAAAAGUUCCUAUGUGGUUAUUUCCUUUAGCGUUCCACCACGACGACAAUAUUAAAUACUACGCAUGUUUAGCUAUUGCUGUUUUAGUUGCCAAUAAAGAAAUUGAAGCUGCUGUUCUGAAAUCAGGCACAUUGGAGCUUGUAGAGCCGUUCGUCACAUCACAUAAUCCAUCGGAGUUUGCUCGGUCAAACCUCGCACAUGCUCAUGGACAAAGUAAAACGUGGUUGCAAAAAUUAGUGCCUGUUCUGAGUUCUAAGAGAGAGGAGGCGCGAAACCUAGCAGCUUUUCAUUUCUGUAUGGAGGCAGGUAUUAAAAAGCAACAGUGUAAUACCGAAAUAUUCAGAGAAAUUGGCGCAAUAGAGCCACUGAAAAAGGUUGCUAGUUGUCCAAACGCUAUUGCAUCUAAAUUCGCUGCACAAGCAUUAAGAUUAAUAGGUGAAGAAGUACCGCACAAGCUAUCACAGCAAGUGCCACUUUGGUCGAUUGAAGAUGUAAAGGAGUGGGUUAAACAAAUAGGAUUUAUUGAAUAUGCCAAUGAGUUUUACGAGAGUAAGGUAGAUGGUGAUCUACUAUUACAAAUUACAGAAGAGAACCUGCGAGACGACAUUGGACUGACUAAUGGAAUCAAGCGUAAAAGAUUUGCAAGAGAAUUACAGCAGUUGAAAAAAAUGGCAGAUUACAGCUUGCGAGAUACGUGUAGUCUUCAUGAAUUUCUGCAAAGCAUUGGGCCUGAGUAUACUAUUUACACUUAUUCAAUGUUAAAUGCUGGUGUAGACAAGAAAUCUAUUUUUGGUUUGAGUGACGAACAACUUGAAAAUGAGUGCUACAUAAAGAACAGUAUACAUAGAUUAAGAAUAUUGAAUGCUAUUAGAGAUUAUGAAAGUCGAUUACCAAGUUUAGAAGAAGAUAAUAUGGUAAAAAACUUAGAUGUCUUUAUAAGUUACAGAAGAUCAAAUGGUUCACAAUUAGCAAGUUUACUUAAAGUCCAUCUUAAUUUACGUGGAUUCACCAUUUUCAUUGAUGUAGAAAGACUAGAGGCUGGAAAAUUUGAGAAUUUGCUCCAGAGCAUUAGACAAGCUAAACAUUUUUUGUUAGUCCUCACACCAAAUGCUCUAGACAAAUGCAUGCAUGAUUCUGAACAGAAAGACUGGUUACAUCGAGAAAUCGUCGCCGCUUUACAGUCCCAAUGCAAUAUUGUCCCAAUAAUUGACAACUUCGAAUUUCCUGAGCCAGAGGACUUGCCAGAAGAUAUGAGAGCUGUGUGUCAUUUCAAUGCAGUCAGAUGGAUCCAUGACUAUCAGGAUGCAUGUGUUGAGAAACUGGAAAGUUUUCUCCGAGGCAAGUCAAAUCUCGCUACAAGACUGGAAGGAUCUCUUAGGGGACCAGUAUCAAUCCAGAGUCCAUGUGCAGCAUUAAAUAGGGGUACUCCAAACUUUCAACAAAAUAUGCAGUCGACAGAAACUGACCCAUUUGAAAAAUAAACCCCAUAUCUUACUUAUCUUAUUGUACCACAUCUCUGAGUUAAUAACUUAAAUUUUGGUACAAUUACAGGUUUUCAUGUCAUGAACAGCCUAAUAAGAUAUUUUUAAGUUGUUAUAUUUGAAGUCAAAAUAAUGUAUAUAAUAUUUAAAUGUACGUAUAGACAAUUUUAUUUAAGUUUAUUUUAUGUAAUACAUAUGGCAAUAAUUUAACUAUAGCUUAAGUGCUACAGUUUGCUAUUCGUUAUAGCAUGGCAAAUUACUUUUUUUAAUAAAGAAUAUUUAAUGAUUAGGUCAUACAGUCAUUAAAUUAGUUACAAUGUAUAUUUUGGGAAUAUCCACAUUGACAAUUUGUAAAAUCCCAAAAUAUAAAUCUAAUAUACAACAAGAUCACCAAGUACAAAAUAAAGUAGAAAACAAGUGUCAUAAUACUUCUUAAGAGGCUUUAAAAAUUAAAUGUAUCAACAUC